GCCUAAGUGUUUCCCCGAGACUGAUAACGAGCCACGAGGGCUAGACUUUAAGAAAACUUUGGACUUCUCCCCCUGUAUAAAACGACUACCUUUUCACGAUAACUCGACCAGUUUAAAGGCUCACAUCCUGCAGGGAGAAGUCAUAAGGGCGUUUAAAGGUCAGAUGAAAAAGAUGAAAUUGCUGUUCCUUUUUCUCACGGUUUUGUCUUUCUCGGCGCCGUCGACGGCACGGUCAAGGUUUGGCAGAGAGUCUGAUCUGUGGGAUGUCUAUGAGGACAUCUGGGGCCACAAGGAGGUGGCUGAUAAAAUCAUCGAUUUUGUUAUGAGUGGUCCUGGCCAGGGUCAGGUGUACAACAGACUAGCGACAAUGACGGACAAGUUUGGAUACAGACUUUGUGGGAGUUCAAACCUUGAAGACGCCAUCGAUUACAUGGUGGACGAGUUCAAGAAAGACGGCCUUGAAAACGUCCACAAGGAGUCGGUCAAGAUCCCUCACUGGACACGAGGAAAGGAGUGGGCCAAGAUGAUUUCCCCGAGACCUAAGCCUCUGGCUAUGCUGGGCCUGGGAUACAGUGUCGGCACACCUAAGGAGGGGAUCACAGCACAAGCCAUUGUGGUUCGUUGUGCUCGUUAGCGGUCAUUUAGACAGCUGGGACGUUGGCCAGGGAGCUAUGGACGACGGGGGUGGUGCCUUCAUCUCCUGGCAAGCCCUGUCUAUCGCGCGGCAGCUGGGCCUUCGUCCAAAGAGAACCCUUCGUGUGGUGUUCUGGACGUGCGAAGAACUAGGAAUCAUCGGAGGACAAAGCUACUAUAAGAAACACGCCCACGAAGCUAAAAACUUCGACAUCAUCAUGGAGUCUGAUAAGGGCACGUUCACGCCCCAGGGCUUGCAGUUUUCUGGUUCAGAAGAAGCGAUGAAAAUAGUUAAAACUUUGGCUAGGAAUUUACUCUCCCGUGUCAAUGCCACCGUGGUAGAGAAGGGAGCAGAGCUGUCCGACGUUGGGCAGUGGCUAAACCUAGGAGUGCCUGGGGGAAGCAUCUUAAACGAGAACAGUAAAUACUUUGACUUCCACCACUCAAAUGGAGAUACAAUGACAGUACAAGACUCUAACGCUAUGGACCUGUGCUCUGCUGUCUGGGCAGUUUCAUCUUUCGUCAUAGCAGACUUGGACAAGAUGCUUCCAGCCAAUAGAACUAUUGCCUCACUUCCUUUCAGAUAAUGAGUCUCACUUUCAUUUCCACUUGAUGACUAAGUAAUUUUUAAAAAAAGGGGGGGGGGGGGGUUCCAAUCACAUUAGAACCGAGAGUUCAGAGUAUCAGAGAAAUGUUGUCUUACAUUAAGUCUGAAUAUAAACAGACUGCAUGUUAUAUCAAAAGCAUUGAAUUACAGAUGAUUAUGCACACGCUCUCUUGCCUUCAACCUUUGCUUCCAGAAUGUCUCUCAAAUGAUUCAUGGCGUUUGAUUUUGAUGUGCUAAACGUACAUUUCAGUUUGUGGGCGACUGGCGGAUGCUCUGGUGUGAUUUGCUCAUUUUUUUUCUAUCAAACAUCGAUCGUCCUUUUCUUUCAUCCUUCUCCUCAUCUUUGUAUGUUACUAUUCUCUAAUAGAAUAUAGUCUUUAGAACUUAUAUAACCCAAUUGUGUUGCAAGUGACGCACAAAACUCUUAUUAAAACUAAAACGAGGUUCUGAUCUAAAAAAGUUCAGUUUUAUUACAUUCUGUAGAAUUGUUGAUGUUUGUAUUAUCGAUUAUUCUUAGUACCUUUUCAAUCUUUACUUUCUGUCUCCGGGAUAUUCUUAGAGUUCUUCUAGGAUAUUUCAUCUAGAAACUUGUAAUCCUCUUUUUAAAAUUUUGUUUAUUGAUGAUCCAUGCCUUAAAUCCAGAUAUCGUGGCGGGCAAUAAAGUACUUUAAAAAAAAUAUUUUUUUAUUUUUGCAUUGUCCUUUUUAGAUGGAUGCCAUCUGUUUCGAUUUUGAUGUUGCGAUUGAAAUUCUCCGCUUAAUCUCUAGGGUUGUUUUGUCACAUUCCUAGCUCCAAGAUAUUCAAAAAUGUAAAUCUUCUACUUCUUCCCCAUUACGGGCAUACACACAAAUAAAAAAAAAA